AUGUCUGAGCAAACACAAAAAGAGACCAUCAUGACAAAAGUCAACAAAAGUCAAAUCACUCCCAAAUGGGAAACAAAGAAUCCUGUUUCCCAACAUGCUGGUGUGUCAAAGCCCCACAUUGAUGACUCUCAGUCUCCCCUGAACCUUCUAAAUACCAGCCAAAGUCAAUCUGCUUUCCCGGACAGUGUUUACCUGCUGGCAUCUGUCAUCUUCCAAAACAGCCACCAUGAGAAGCCUGCAUGCCGCCAGCUAGUGAAGUAUGGCGAAGGGAGGGGGCUUCCUUUGCCACCAGUCAAAGAUGGGAUGCUCCGUCCUGCUUAUGAACUGGCCUUCAAUGCACUGAGAUAUCAAGAACUACUGGAGGAUGUCAUAACUGACGGUGGCGUUUUCAUCUCUCACCCAAUACCAGAUGAUCAGAUGAGCCUUUUUGCCGUCAUGCUCUAUGACUUCCAGGACAGGAAGUUCUUCCAGAAGGAUAACAGGAUUGAGGAUUCCAUACAAGAAGUCAGAGACGUGGAGAGCUAUCUCAUCAGGUCUAAAACAAAGCUAGAAGCCUCACUAGCCCGAUACCGAAUCAAACAUGACCUUUCAUCUCUUGACUGCAUUCUCCCUGAGAGUGUGAAGGUGAAGCAGGAUCGAUCCAACAGGCUGCCACUUUAUGCAUGGGUCAAUGCACUGAGGAGCAGUCUGGAUGAGAUCCAAAGUGUGCUGAUGAGAGCGGGCCUCUCCCAAAUGAAUUCAGUCAGGGAGUUGGAAGGGCAGACCUUCUGCCAGGAUCCUGACUGUGAGGAUUUGCUGGUAUUCCCCGCUCGAACGAAAGCAAGGCUGGAUUCCACCACGCUGCUUCAUAACCGCAAACUCAUCAUUCAGGAUAAAUCUUGCAGCCUGGCCUCGAACAUGGCAGUCUCCCUGCUACCACACAAUGGGGACAUCCUCAUCGUGGGCAGAUUCUCUGGACUUACUGUCUCCCACAUGGCCUCACUCAUUAAGGAGAAACAUAAAGUCAAUGGCGACAAGUCCCGAGUCCUUGCUUGUGUCAGUGGUCUUACGGACGCUCAGAGGGAAGCGAUGCAGCAAGUCAUCGUCCACAUGAACUGCAAGAAUGUGAAGCUGAUAAACGAGGGGUUCCAGUCUCUCACCAGUGGUGACAAGCGUCUUGCAAAAGUGCGUCUUAUCCUGUUGACUCCCAACUGCUCCUUGUCUGCAGUCAGCAAUCCACUUGAAUUCAUACUGCAAGAGAACAGAGACGCCGUCUUGCUGCAGGACUUGUCCCAGAAUUCUGUGGCCCAGAGCAGGCUGGAAGCUCUGAUAGCACAGCAGAGGGAAGAUAUUGAUCACGCAUUAAAGUUUCCCAACGUUUUAGCGGUUGUUUACGCAACCUGUUCCUCAUACCCUCAGGAGAAUGAGGAGGUUGUGACCAGAGCUAUCGAGCAGGCCAAUGUGAUGGCGCAGCAGGAAUGGCGGCUCGGAAAAAACGAGUUGAGGCAAAGCCAAGCCCUGAAUUGUUCUCCAGACCAUGCAGGAGGUUGUGAAAUGCAAAAAGAAAGCAACUGUUUCUUCAGGGUGGAGCCCUCUGAGCUGAGUAACGGCUGCUUCCUGGCGAUUCUCAUCAGAGAUGUGAAAAUAAAGUCUUCUCAACCCGAGAGCGUGGCAAAAGAGGGAUCACAGGCUGUGCAGGCCAAGGUGUCUGCCAAUCGCAAAUCUGAGCGUGUCAAGUCCAACCAGCCAACCAGAAAGAAGCAACGUGGACAAGCUAUCAGACCAAUCAAAGUGACCUUUGUUAAAAAAACAGAGCACCAAGUUUCUGAAAAAAAGCGACACUUACCACGGGGAACUCCGCCCAAACCACGCUUAGAGACAUCACAGAACUCCAUUUCGGACUCUCACUGCACCUUAGAAAACUCCAACUCAGGCACCCCCAAUCCAAAAGAGAAUCCCAAAAUCCACAUCAUUACCCCAGCUUUCAACACUGUGACUUCCACAUCCAAACCGCGUCCGGUGCCUCCUCUUAUCACCCCGGCGAAAUUUGCAGUCCGUCUCCAGAAGGUCCAGCAAUUGGUGCUGAAACCCGCUGUUAUUGUCCUGCCUCCUCAGCAUCUUCCCCAGUCACCUCUUCCUCAACUCCCCAUGUGGAGGACCCCGGCACCGACGUUACCCUCCUCUCGAGCCUUGGGAAGUUUUCCCAAAGACACGCUGCUCAAACAUAAGAUGCGGUUUUAUGUGUAAUAUUAUAGUUUUAUUCUGAACGGUCAAACUCCAAUGGUGACUCUUAUGGCACAAUUUCUACAACUAUUAAUAUCUAUCGCAAGUUUGGAAAAUUCUAAGCACAAACACUGCUUAGCACUGACUUGGCAAUUUUGUAACACACUUUGAGUGGCCAAAACUCUUUUUGCAGACGACUCACUACUUGGACUCAAUUUUCAAACGAUCAACACAAUCCUUGCAAAGCGAGACACAUGUUGCUGCUGGUGCUAUUCUUUUUUUUUUUUUACGCUAUUCUGCAACCGGCUGGCCACACUUUUGCAGGAGAAAACUAUUUUAGAUAAUUAGUUCAAUCAGCCUAUGCAGUAGAAAUAAGACACAGGUAAGAUGGGGGACAAAGGAGGGACGGUAGAGUGCGAUUUAGAGAAGACUGGAAAGAGUUUUCGAAAUUGGGUUAAAGGUUUGUAAAGAAAAGUUGCAAAAAAAAGCCCAUUGGUUACCACGGAGCAAUCCCGAGGAACCUUCUCCAACCUGUUUCUAAAACAUCCAAAACAUGUGACAUCACUGUCAGCUGACUGGCUGAGAGAUGUACGUAGGUGUGAUGCGGCAAGAAACUCCACUGCACACACCCAUUUCCUGGUUUGAAGCAAAUAGGAGCCAAGCGGAGUUCAUCUCAUCAGCCAUUUUUAAAUGUAGUCUGAGUUUUAGACCAGUUUCGUAUGCCGUUGUUAGUUUUUAGCACAUUCAGUCAACCUUAUCCCAAUAAGAAGUUGACGAUAAGAAUUUUGGUCCUUAUCUUAGUCUAAAAUGAAAACAAAUAUUUAUCUAGUUUUAGUCAACGAAAUCUAUCAACGUUUUAGUCAAGUUUUAUUCAGGACAAUCAUUUUACCUUUUUAUAUAUUUUUUUUGUCAGCAGACAUUGAACAUUUUAUUUUCAAGUUCAUACAUGUAUUACAUUCAUGAAAUUGUUGGUUAAAGUUAUUUUGGAUUUAUCUGUGGUGUAUUAUUUUAGUUUAGUUUAUCUAGACGGGUUGUUCUAGCUUGCAUCCAGCUGCACAGAUGAAUUGCGUUAACUAUAGUAGUUCACUUACAGCGCCUACAAUAUGUAUUCAUUUUCAUUUCUGUUCUUUUCGUUAAGAACAAAAACUUUGUACUGGACAGCAACUUUGUACUACUACAACUAACCCAUUAUGCAAACAAACAUCUUUGAAGAGUUAACACGUAAAAAUGAAUAAAUAUUGCUACCAACGAAAAGAACAGAAUCUUUGUACUGCACAGCAACUUUCUACUCCACCUUUUGAGCUCAGUUCAGUGACAAUCAAAUGAUCAUUUCCAAUAUUCUAUAUCCUAUUUAACAGAAUUCUGUGCUGGUGAAGUUGUAUAAUUGAGUGAAUUGUGCAAGAUUUUUUUAGCUCAUUUCAGUGACAAUCAAAUGAUUCUCUCCAAUAUUUCCAGGAUUUUGUUUUCUACUAUGUGAACUGAGUUUGUAUGAAUUACCCUAGUUAAUUCCCAUUCAUAUUUUUAUGGCAUGAAUGUACUUAUCUUUUUAUCUGUUUGCACCCAUUGGCUGGGUCAUGUCAAAGCAACUAUAAUGCACAUGCAAUACAAGAGUCUGCAGUUCAUUCCUUUCUUUUGCCAAUGCAUUUUUAUUUUCACAACAGAAAACAUUUACACUGUCAAUGAUGACUGAACCUGAAAUGAAAUACAGCGUUAUU